CCACACGCUAUCACUCCGUACGCACACGGUUUAGUCUAGGUCUAGGAUAGCAGCACCGGCAACAUGUUGCGUUCGAUAACAUUUUGUUCGUUACUGGCUCUAACCUUCGCCCAAAGUGGAUAUGAGUACAAUAAACCUGACACUCCGUUUGGGCAAGGGACGUCUCCGAGCCGACCGGUGGGAGCACAUACAGGACCUUCUGGCGGAUACCCAAGCUCUCCUACAGCCCCCUCAUUCCCUGCUAUACCUCCAAAUCAAGAUUUUACCAGUUCUGUAUCGGGAUCAACAUCUAGCCAUACAUCUGGUUCGUCUGGUGCAACUAGUAGUCAAGGAAGUCCAGGCUACCCGUCGUCUGCUCAAAAACCUCAAACUGGAUUUCCUUCACAAGGUUCAAGUUUGCAAAGCCAUACAUCUUCUGCUGGGUAUCCUAAUCAAGGAAGUUCAACAUAUCCAGGACAAGCUCAAAGUUAUCCAGGUCAAACAGGAACAGCACCAGGAAAUACAAAUUUUGGAACUAAUACUCCUGGCGCUACAGGACCUGGGUUAGGAUCUAGACCAAGCACUCCUGUGUUUGGUUCCACUAACCCUGGAUUUGGAACCAGUGGGCCAGGAUUUGGAUCUAGUGCUGGUUCAAGACCCAGUUCACAAGACUUUGCCUCCGGUUCAUCAGGAUUUGGACAUGGAUAUGAAAACGGAAAUAAUGGAGCUUAUGAAGGCGGCGAUUAUUCGGCUAUCCCUGGAGAGCCCAAUAUAGAUUAUCCUAUUUAUACAGAAAUUCCACAAACUUCAUUUAGAUGUGACGCUCAAGCUUAUCCAGGCUAUUACGCUGAUGUUGAAACCCGUUGUCAAGUAUUUCACGUUUGUGCCAAUAAUAUAACUUAUGAUUUCCUAUGCCCUAAUGGAACAAUUUUCUCUCAACAAGUUUUUGUCUGUGUCUGGUGGAACCAAUUUGAUUGCAAUUCUGCUCCUAGUCUUUAUGGCCUUAAUGCUAAUCUGUAUGACUACUCCAUAACAGGAUCGUCUCAUGGUAGUUAUAACAAUGCUAAUAAUGACUACUCACAAAACCUACAGGGUACUGGAUCAUCUGGAAACUAUCAAGGAAGUUUAUCACCCCAAGGACCUUCUGCUUACCCUGGAAGUACUAGACCUCAAAAUCCCUCAGGAAAUUAUGCCGAUUCUAGACCACAAGCACCCUCAAGCUUAUAUCAAGGAAGCACAGGUUCUCAAGGACCUUCAUCAUAUCCAAGUAGUCCUCAAGGUACUUCUUCAUAUCCAAGCAAUUCUGCUGCCCAAAUCUCAUCUUCAUAUCCAGGGAAUACCCCAUCUCAAGGACAAUCAUCAUAUCCGGGUAGUUCAGGUCCAGAGGGUACUUCCCAAGGACAAGGACACACAUCUUUCCCUGCAACACCGACUAGUUCUGGUUACCCUGGAAGUAGCCAAGGUUACCCAUCAGGUAGACCAAGUGGCCCCAGUUUUCCAACAGGAAGACCGCAAGAUAAUCAAAGUAAUGCCCAAUUUCCGGUUACUCAGCCUAACAGAGAAUAUCUCCCACCUAGAAACUGAUGUAAGAAAUUAUUUUUACCAAUAAUUAUAAAAAGCGCAUGAGUUCAUUUAAAAUAUAAUUUAUAUCAUUUAAUGGUAUGUUAUAAUGGUUGAAAUUUGCCAAAAUUUAUUGUUAAGAGCCAGUACAAACAUUAUGUGAAAGAAUAAUUAGGUCGGUGUUACUCGUUCAAUUGAAAUAAUAUUUUAAUCUGUUACUAACCAAAUUUC